AUAAUGAGAGCGGUGACAAUAGAUACAAAGAUCGGAAGAGAAAUUCUAUUGGCUCAAGGAGGAGAAAACUGGCUUUACGACAAAGUUAUGGAUAAAUAUCCCCGAUUUACAAAAGGGUGCCCAGUGUAUUUCACGGACGGAUCAAGAAUUGAAAUAGAAAAUAAUUCAUUUAUAAACGGGUAUGCAGUCGUUAAGAAACAUUUAGGUCAGAGAGGUAGAUCUGAGCAUAGGGCAGACAGAGCGGAUGGUAGAGCGGCAAUAGCAUCAGUAGAAGCGGAAGCCAUAACUGAGGCAAUCAAAUGGUCUCGGGAAAGAGAAGAAAAUCAAUUCAUAAUCUUCACCGACUCAGAAGCGAUCCUAAGAGGAGUAAAGAAGGGAUGGUCAGGUGACAAUCCCUCCCCAACUAGUAAUGCGUGGAUAUCUUGUAUUUUAGAGAAUUUGACCGAUUUGAAGAACUCAGGGAAGAAAAUAGCCUUGAUAUGGAUACCGGCACAUAAGGGUAUCGCAGGAAACAAAGAAGCAGACAAAUUGGCAAAGGAAGCAGCGGGAAUCCAGGAUACUCUGAAUCAAAACCCAAAAAAAAUCGCUCCGGAAGACCUGAUCAGGACAAGUAGAAUCCAGAUUUGGAACAAUUGGGGCUCACAUUUAAGAGAAAUAGGAAAUCAAAAGGGAAAUUAUUAUUUUGUUAACUUCUGCGAUAGGGAAAAAGGCAAAAGAAAAAUUAACAAAGUUUGGUUUGAAAGCAAAGGAGUCAUGAGUAGAAAGAUGGAAGAAUUUAGUUGACAGUCCAGAGUGUGAUUGUGGAUACGGGAUAGAAAACAUUGACCACGUUUGGGGGGAAUGCACUCUUUAUAAUUUAGAAAGAACUGAGCUAUGCAACAAGUUAGGAUGGUCUGUGGACGAAAUGCCUCCGAUCGAAGAACUAAUAGUAAAUAGUUCAGUAAAGGAAUUGAGAAUAAUAUACGUAUUUUUUCAAAAGGCAGGCAUUAAUAUUUAGCCGCCAACAAUCGAGUAAUAUGAGGAGACGGUAUUACUGGGAUAUAUGUAGAAUUACAUUUCUGCUCGUCCCUCUUGAUAGUAGGGUAUUAUUAAUACCAUAGGAAUCUAAAGCAGGGUUAGUAUUAAGCAAUUAACGGUAAGAUCGAAGAAUUACAAUGAUUAUAUUAUACUUAACGCAGGAAAGACUGUAUAUUCAGCUUGAAUAUACUGCAGUAUUGUUUUGCAAAGUGCAAAUUAGGGUUAAUAUUACUACUAACUGAUAAGACUGAAGUUCACUGUGAUAGUAUACUAUAGUUGGAAAAGAAGUCAUAUUAGUGAGACAAAUCAGGGUCAUAUUAUAUUUUAUACUUCGGAUUUUGUAUGGUACUAUAUUUUGUAUUCCAUAGUUUAAAGAAUGGAUAAAGGUUAUGAUACUAGAAUAAGUAUGAGUGACCAGAGAGGAAGGUGUACAAUGUAAAGCACAAUUUGCGGAAAGAGUGUGAGAAGUAAAAGAGAGAGGGAGAGCGAAAGUGUAGUCUCGUUUAUACGAGCCUCUAUAGUUUCACCGUAGUGGGGCGCUCGCCCCCCUAUCCUUACCAUACUGUGAUAUAUACACCAAAGUAUAUAUAUUUCUACACAGUAUCUAUUUAAUAUGUACAAAAUCAGUUUAUUAGUGUACAGAGCGUAAAUAGGCUAUACGGACUUGUUCCAGGAGCCUUCCGAUUCUGGGUAUUGUCCAGUCGGAAAAUCGGUUUAAUAAA